AAAGAAGAGAAAGAGACUGUCAAUGGACGAAGAAGAGGGAAGUUCUGUUGUCUUGGCCCAAGAAUCACGGUGUACGGGAUGUGGAGAUUUUUUCUGAAUACGAGGCUGCAUUCUUUGAAGAGUUAACCAAGGUGGACAGAUGAAAAUGGAUGGAGUCAGAAAGACAUAUAGUUCCUUCAUGGGUAACCCAAUACCUUCAACUCCGCUAUUAAAUUGCUUUUCAAUUAAAGCAUGACCAAUAUAUGGAGAGAGUGGAUCAUCUCCCCCGUGCGAGAUAAAAAAAAAAGAUAUAUGCUGGGCAAUUCACAUGGCUGCGGGAGUUGAAGGGAAGGUGAACAAAGUGACGGGUAGCAAGCGUUCUCUUUCUCCACAGUUUCUUAUUAACAACUUCGGAGAUAGCGUUCAACAUUUUAAGAAAGUCGACAAGUUUCUUAAAGAAACAGGAUUACCGAAUGAAAAUGACUGUCCUUUUAUCGGUAGGAAGGUGAAACAUCACCAGAAGGUGCAAAAAAGUGACAUGGUCAAAGUUGUAAGCUCAGCUUGUGAGGAAGUAGGCUCAAAGCGUAUCAAGGACGAAGAUAUCUUGAAGCUGUUGGAUGAUGGACCAGUUGUUGCUGCGUUAGAGAGUACCGCGGCUUUGUCUUUGCUGGGCAAAUACGAAAUAUAUGCCCCACCUCCACAAGUGGGAAAUGUGAGACAUUGUGUACUCAUUGUUGAUCAUGGGGUGGAUCAAGAUGGCCGUACAUAUUGGCUAUGUCGAGACUCGCUAGGGAAACUUCAGGGUGACCAGGGAUAUAUUAGAGUAGAAAAAAAUAAAGAUUGAAAAGCCAAAUCGGCUUUUAUUGAAUUUUGGUCACCGAAGGACGUUGAAUAUGAACCUCAAAAGUGAUGCAGUUUCUGUAAUUUGCUGGUGAUCUUUUGGCUGGAGUGAUUAUUAAAUGAUUGUUGAAUGUCUAAUCAUGGGGCAAAUGUUGAAACUAUGAAUGUGAAAACUCGUGCUUGUUUGGUUAUGAUGAACUGUGGUUUCUGCGGAUAGAUGAUGGACCUUACGCUUGUUUAUGUACUCUUGAUGCUGUACAAUUCUUGGAAUGUUUUGAACAGUCUAUGCAUUUAACUUUCCUCUAUUAUGAUGGACCACGCAUUAAACUUUCCUUUAUGUA